AUGCGGGAAGUCAAUUUCAGCAUCCCUAAUGUGAACAAGGCCUCGGUCAACAUCACAACCACCCUCUAUGACAGACGAGCCCUUGACUGCACAUCAACCUUGCCCCUGAUAAACUCGCUCAAUCACCUUGCAUACCUCACGACCUCGUCCGCCCGGAUUCGGGACAUCCUCACCGUCGAUGGCGGCAUCGAAAGGCUCGUGUGCAUCCUGAAGGAGGGCAGGAGCAAGGAUUUGAUGGAAAUGUGGAAAUGGAGUCUCGCCUUCCAGUGUGUCGUCAACAUCGGUGUUCGUGGCUCGGAAAGUGUGCGGACUAGAGUGGUGGAAGCCGACAUGGUCCCUGUGAUCGCCACCAUCCUCGACAACUACAUCAAGGUAGUGGACAAGGUCCGCGCCCGUGGUGAGGCUGAGCCUCACAAGCACUCGUCCAGCCGCCAGGCGGGUAAAUCGAGUGCAUCGACUCGCGAGGUCGCUGGACGCACCCCCGUUCCCGAGUCCACCGCCCACGCCGAAUCACGCUCCUCCCGCCGACAGGCCCCUCCUCCGAGUAUCGAAAUCCCGCAACCCACCUACUACCAGGAAACUCAACCGACCGACUCCGAUGCGAUGGAUAUCACCUCUCCUCCUCGUGCCCCCAUGACCUCGCCGCCCGAACGAAGGACCUUCCGACCGGAGGCUCACUCUCAUCGGUCUCAUGAGGGCCGGUACUCCCGUACAAGCCAUCGAUUGCGCACGAUGCAACCCCUCGCCACCGCUGUCGUUCCCAUAGAUGGCACCGAAGGGUUCGGUCUGCGACCUGUCCGCGAUGCGGAACGCCUUCCUAGCAUGCUUCCCGGACUACAGACUGGCAUCAUCUCUCAACCCGACUCCCCAACCACCCCAAGUGGCCCUCUUCAGCCUCAAUCUCGAAGCGUCCCCCCACCUCCUCCGCCUGUCAGACAUCGCCCUGCCAUUCGGCAGCAGCUUUCUGCCUCCGGCGAGUCGGAUGACGCCAAUGGUGAAGACUCAACCAUGGGAGAUGAUACCGUCCUGGGUCAGACCGACGAGCCCAUCGUUGGUCUCCCAAACCGGAUGGAGAUUGACGGCGUCGAUGAGCAACAGACCGCAAUGAUUGACGAUGUCUCCACUACACACGGUCUGACAGUGACCGAUCCUUCUGAGGAGGGCCAGGAAGCCGAGACAUUCAAUAUUGCGCACCGCUCUGCCGUUGACGGCAGCAUCAUCAACAACAAUACCACGCAGACCGCCGGUGGCUUGGGUCUUUCCCCAACUCAAGCCCCAAACAAUCCUAACUCUCCUACUCUCGCACCCAGCCCCUACGCCAUGUACCUCCGCGACCGAAACAUGCCCGUCUCUCAAAACGUCUUGACGACCAUGCCUCGCGACGAAGAUGUGUUGAUGUCGUUGCAACUUUUGGCCUAUGUGUCUAAGUACUGCAAUCUUCGAUCAUACUUCCAACGCUCGCACCUGGUCCCCAAGCUCAAGAUCGAUCGCGAGCUGCACCUCUUAGAUGAGAACGCCGAUCCGUCUUCUCCAGUCGAGAUGCCUGAGGAUGAAGACGAGUAUCUGCUUCCCGACGAUGUCAACAUCUUCCCCCUGGUGGAGAAGUUCACCGUUCGACACCACUCGAAGGAUAUGCAGUACUGGGCAUGCGUGGUCAUGCGAAAUCUCUGCCGCAAGGAUGAGUCACGAGGUGGCAUCCGUCAAUGUGCCUACUACAAGUGUGGCAAGUGGGAGGAGUUCCAGCGACAGUUUGCCAAGUGUCGGCGCUGCCGCCGCACCAAAUACUGCAGCAAAGACUGCCAGAAGGCCGCCUGGGUGUACCAUCGCCACUGGUGUCACACGACCCCUUGA